AUGUCUGCAGAGCUCGAGAACAUCUUUAACAGCAUGCUGGUGGGCAAGGUGCCCGCCACAUGGGCAGCCAAGUCUUAUCCCUCUCUCAAGCCAAUGGGGAGCUUUGUGAGCGAUCUAUUAGCCAGGCUGCAGUUCCUAAAAAUGGAGGAUGAAUGGGAUAGGAGUCAGAGCAGACGAUAUCCUUUCCCCCCACGUUUUCUAGCAACUUGUUGCAAAGAACCCUCAGAGCUGUAUCAAAUGGCCUUGAGGCACAGCAAAUACCCACCCAUCCUUCAGACCAAGUCUUUGACUGUGGCAGUUCCUUUUAAAGAGCAGCGUCCUAACCGUGCUCCCAGUGAGUCCAUCGCAAACAACUUCAGCCCCUAUGCCCAGCACCUGAGAAUUAAUUCGCUCCUGAAGAGACGACGCGCCUCAUCAGACCCUUCACUUGAUCUGAAUCGUUCUUUCUUUCACAGGGAUACAAGAACCCUUCGCCCUCCCAGUGGCCGCCCUAUGAGUCCAAAAGAGCAGCUGGAUAUCAUGCAGAGCCAAGAAGAAAAGAUGAGGGCCACGCAGGCUGAACCUUCUGAGAGAGACUUAGAAAGGUAUGUUUACUACAUCACCAAUGGUGUCCCCAGUUCAGUGCUGGCCCCACAGCCAGAGCAGCAGAUGAUCAACAUCCUGCGCCUGCUGCCUCCUGACACAAAGGAUACAUGUAAAAAUAUCCCAACUUUGAGGGCUGACCUGAAAGAGGAGGUCAAAAGAGAUUAUGACUUCAGUCUCAAGAAGGGCAUAGUGGACUACAUUCUGAUGGACCCGUCUGAAUGCCAGCGUCUGUCCAUAUGCGGCAUUCCCAAGCCCUUCCCGAGCAGAGUGAUUCGUGCACCUGUGCCCUGGGCAGCUAGUUGCAUGGAAGCACAGGGUUGGCAAACCCAGCACCUCUUUACUGUCAGUCCCCUCAUGGUCCUACUGCAAGAUGUCUGGCUAAACAGCUUCUCAUCCUUGAGAUUUGUCAGAAUUGAGGACCUCUUCUCCACCAGCCUCCCCCUCCUGCCAUCUGAGUUUGAAGCGUUUGUCCGGAGGCAGUGCCAAAACACCAGAGAGGAGCUGAACCAAAAGUGGCUGCCUCACUGUGCUACACUGUUUAAGAGCUUUGAGGACCUGUGGUUGCCGCUCAUACCCAGGAGUAAACAAGAUGCUCCAGUUUGUGCCCGGGAGUUUUUCGACUGUGCGGCAGCUCUCAUGUCAUUGCAGCUCCGAAGCCUCGUCACGCAAUCCUUACAUGACCUGCUUUCUUUCUUCACAAUACAUCAGGAGGGCAAUGACUUCGAGGUUUUUGACGAGAUGAAGUACAUUCAGACCCAGGUCCUGCUGGUUAAGCUACAGGUUGAUGAGCAAGGCAUUGACUUUUGUCCAAGCUUCCAGGAAUGUUGGGACAUCAUUCACGGAGCCUUCAUGGAAAUCAUUAAGAGUGCUGAGAAGCUACCAAGGGUGGAGUGUUUCCUCUUUCCUGAUAUCAAGAACUUCUACAUUCGCACCGUCAAUCCUGAUGAAUUGUUGGUUAUAAGUGUAAUCAAUGAAGUUGAGAAUGUUUUCAACAAGAACACAGUUGGACCCACAAAGUAUUUGAAUGUGUAUAAAAAAUACAGCAAUCUACUGGACGAUACAGAGAAGCAGGAGAUAUCUGUAUUCCUCAAAGAGAAGCACUCGUUAGAGGGAUCUACUGGGAAAAUCGAGAGCAUCAAUCUCUUGUGGACGGAGAUCGCCUCACUGCCUCUGACAGUGCCUUUGUCCAUGUUUUGUCUGUAUGCUGAUAAGCUGAAUGAAGACCUGUGUGAUCUUGCUGAGAAACUGAAAGUCAAGAUCAUCACGUUUGAAGUGGAAGAGAACCGAGAGUUAAACUUUGGGAUCUGUCAAAAAUAUAAGGAGAUUAUGGAGACUGUCAGAGGCACCCCAGAAACUACAGAAGACUUGGUGUCUCUCAACCAGUACCUCAAAACGACCAGUGAAGUGACCAUUUUCAAGCUGAUGAAGGAGAUUCAUGCAGCGUCGCACCGCCUCUGCUUCCUAUUGGACUUUGCCACUCUGCCAUCUGAUGACUUGAGACUGAACUCUCGUGUUUUCCAGUGGCCCAAAAAGAUCGAAACUGAGCUUGAUGACAGCCAGGCUCGUCUGGCCGCCAUGAGAACACAGGCUGAGGACUAUCUCCAAAAGAGGAUAUUAGUGUUUGACCAGCGGUUGCAAGAGGUGGACAAGGAGAUAGAGGUCUUCAAGAAGAAAGAAGUGAUGAACAUGGAGGAAAUAGAAAACAAUGUGGAAACCCUCUCUCAAAUCGCUGCCAACCUUGAGUCUGCUGUCAAUGAACUAGAGGAUAUCAACACAGAAGAAACUUUGCUGGAGAAGGAGCUAAGCGAAUUCCCAAUUCUGCAAACCAUGAUAGUCAACAAACAGCCAUUUGAACAGCUCUGGGGCACAGCCCUGAACUUUCAGAACAUGUCUGAAGUGUGGAUGAAUGGUCCUUUCCUGAAACUGGAUGCUGAGAAGAUCGCCGAUGAACUGGAUAUCAUGCAAAGGAUGAUGUAUAAACUCGGCAAAACCUUCUCUAGUCUCCCGGGGUCUUGUCGUGUGGCCAAAAGCUUCAAAAGCAAGAUAGACAAAUUCAAGCUGCACCUACCCAUCCUCACAACCAUCUGUAACCCCGGCAUCAAAGAACGCCACUGGGAGAAGAUUAGCAGCAUUGUGGGUUUUGAAGUCAAGCCAGGUGCGAGCAGCUCACUGCUGAAUAUGUUGGACCUGGGGCUGUCCAAGUUCUCCAGCAAGAUGGAAGAAAUGGGAGCGGCAGCCAGUAAAGAGUAUUCUCUAGAAAAAUCAAUGGAGAAGAUGAAAACGGAAUGGAUUGACCUCUGCUUCUCUUUCAGUCCAUACAGAGAUACAGGUACAAGUAUUUUAUCAGCCGUGGAUGAAAUCCAAAUGCUUCUGGAUGACCACGUUAUCAAGACCCAGACCAUGCGAGGUUCACCUUUUAUUAAGCCAGUAGAGGCUGAAUGCAAGCUAUGGGAGGAUAAGCUGGUGAGUAUGCAGGACAUCCUGGACUCCAUGCUCCAGUGUCAGUCUACUUGGCUCUACCUCGAGCCUAUCUUCAGCUCGGAGGACAUCAUUGCUCAGAUGCCUGAAGAGGGACGCAAGUUUGGCAUUGUGGACGGCUACUGGAAGGAUAUCGUUGCAGAGGCCGUGAAAGAUACGCACGUGCUGGUGGCUACAAGCCAGGAUAACAUGCUGGCACGCCUGCAGGAGUCCAAUGUGUUCCUAGAUGACAUCCAAAAAGGACUCAAUACCUACCUGGAAAUGAAGAGGCUAUAUUUCCCAAGGUUCUUCUUUCUCUCAAACGACGAGCUGCUGGAGAUUCUGUCUCAGACCAAAGACCCCCUGUGUGUGCAGCCUCACCUGAAGAAGUGUUUCGAGGGCAUCGCCAAACUGGAGUUCACCGAGGACAUGGCGAUCGUUGGCAUUAUCAGCUCUGAGAAGGAGACUGUGCCCUUCACAGAUAAGAUCUAUCCAGCCGAAGCCAAGGGUAUGGUGGAGAAGUGGCUGCUGCAGGUGGAGAACCUUAUGCUCAAGAGUGUUCGACAUGUCAUCUCUCUGGGAGUGACUCAAUAUGCAGAGGUGCCCAGAAAGGAGUGGGUGUUGCAGUGGCCGGGCCAAGUAGUCAUUUGUGCUUCCUCCAUCUUUUGGACAGCUGAAGUGUCUGAAGCCAUCGAGACCAACACCUUGCCUGCCUAUGUAGACAAGUGUAACGACCAGAUUUCUGACAUCGUUGAGCUAGUACGUGGGAAGCUCUCUGGAGGAGCAAGAAUGACACUCGGUGGCCUGACUGUGAUUGAUGUCCAUGCUCGAGACGUGGUGGCGCAACUGGCAGCAGACCGUAUCUCCACACUGAAUGAUUUUGCCUGGAUUUCUCAGCUGCGUUACUUCUGGGAGGGUGGUGAUGUGAUGCUCCGCAUGAUUACUACAUGCCUGAAAUAUGGCUAUGAAUAUCUAGGAAACUCUGGUCGUCUGGUCAUCACGCCACUCACUGACCGCUGCUACAGAACUCUAAUGGGGGCUCUGAAGUUGAACUUAGGAGGAGCUCCUGAGGGUCCUGCAGGAACUGGCAAGACUGAGACCACGAAAGAUCUGGCUAAAGCUUUGGCUAAACAGUGUGUGGUUUUUAACUGUUCCGAUGGGCUGGACUACAAGGCCAUGAGUAAGUUCUUCAAAGGACUUGCUCAGUCUGGAGCCUGGGCCUGCUUUGAUGAGUUCAAUCGGAUUGAGGUGGAGGUGCUGUCUGUGGUGGCUCAGCAGGUCCUCUGUAUACAACAGGCCAUUGCCAAGGACCUGAAGACCUUCCUUUUUGAGGGGACGGAGCUGUCACUAAACCCAACCUGCUCUGUCUUCAUCACCAUGAACCCUGGUUAUGCCGGCAGGGCCGAGCUUCCUGACAACCUGAAGGUUCUCUUCCGCACAGUGGCUAUGAUGGUUCCAGACUAUGGUCUCAUUGGAGAAAUCUCACUAUACUCCAUGGGCUUCAUUGAAUCUCGCAGUCUGUCCGGGAAGAUUGUGGCCACCUACCGUUUGUGCUCCGAGCAGCUGUCCUCCCAGCACCACUACGACUAUGGUAUGCGAGCUGUGAAGUCUGUGCUGACGGCAGCAGGGAAUUUGAAGUUGAAGUACCCGGAGGAGAACGAGAGCGUGCUGUUGCUCAGGGCACUGAUGGACGUCAACAUGGCCAAGUUUCUCGCGCAGGACGUUCCUCUGUUUCAGGGUAUCAUCUCGGAUCUAUUCCCUGGGGUUGUCCUUCCGAAGCCAGACUAUGAGCUCCUCCUCAAGGCUCUCAAUAACAACAUCGCUAAGCUCAACCUGCAGUCUGUCCCAUGGUUCAUUAGCAAAAUUAUCCAGGUGUAUGAGAUGAUGCUGGUGCGCCAUGGCUUUAUGAUAGUAGGAGAGCCUCUUGGAGGAAAAACGUGUGCCUAUAAGAUCCUUGCUGCUGCCCUUGGAGACCUUUCCAAAGCCAAUCUGAUGGAUGAGUGCGCUGUGAACUUCGCCAUCCUCAACCCAAAGGCCAUCACCAUGGGACAACUGUACGGCUGCUUUGAUCCUGUCAGCCACGAGUGGUCUGAUGGUGUCCUGGCUACCACCUACAGGGAUCAGGCCAUCUCCACCUCAGAGAAUCGACAGUGGAUCAUCUUUGAUGGGCCCAUUGAUGCUGUCUGGAUUGAGAACAUGAACACUGUGCUGGAUGACAACAAGAAGCUUUGUCUGAUGAGUGGUGAGAUCAUCCAGAUGAGUGCCAAGAUGAGUCUGAUCUUUGAAACUGCUGACUUGGAGCAAGCCUCUCCAGCUACCGUCAGUAGGUGUGGAAUGAUAUACAUGGAACCUCACCAGUUGGGCUGGACUCCUCUCAGAGACUCUUACAUGAACACUCUGCCUGAAAGCCUGAACUCGGAAUACAUAGACCUGAUAAUGGACAUGUUUGAGUGGUUAGUUCAGCCGUGUCUGGACUUUAUAGACAAGGAGUGUCGAUUUGUCAUAAUUACAUCUCCCAUCCACUUGGUCUUUAGUCUAAUGAGGCUCUAUACCUGCCUGAUGGAUGAAAUUGCUGCAUCGGGAACGGAGGGCGCACCGGAUCUGUCCAGUAUGCAGACAACCAUGUGGCUGCAGGGACUGUUUCUGUUUGCGGUAGUGUGGACUCUGGGUGGAACCAUCACUGGGGACAGUCGCAAGAAGUUUGAUAUCUUCUUCCGCAAUCUGAUACUGGGCUCUGAUGAACACCCUCGGCCGUCGAGUGUCACACUUAAAAAGAACAACCUCUUUCCUGAGAGAGGCACUGUCUAUGACUACUACUUCCAUAAAGAGGGGCAAGGACAGUGGAACGUAUGGACUGAUUCCAUCUCAGCUGCAGAGAACGUCAUCCCACCCGCAGCCAAUGUGUCAGAUCUCAUCAUUCCAACCGUGGAGACAGCGCGUCAGCUCUUUUUCCUGCGAACCUACCUUGCGCAUGAAGUACCCACUCUUUUUCUGGGGCCCACCGGCACAGGCAAAUCUGUCAUCAACCAAAGCUUCUUGGUAGGUCUGCCUAAGGAGAAGUACACACCUAAUUGUAUCAACUUCUCAGCUCGCACCUCAGCCAAUCAGAGCCAAGAUAUCAUCAUGGCAAAGCUGGACCGAAGAAAAAAGGGCGUGUUUGGACCUCCUGUGGGAAAGAAGUGUGUCGUCUAUGUUGACGACCUGAACAUGCCAUCUAAAGAGAUCUAUGGUGCUCAGCCCCCAAUUGAACUGCUCAGGCAGUGGAUUGACCACCGUCACUGGUAUGACAGGAAAGACACCUCCAGACUGAACAUUGUUGAUGUGCUGUUUAUGUCUGCAAUGGCGCCUCCUGGUGGUGGGAAGAAUGACAUUUCAGGCCGCUUAACUCGUCACUUGAACGUUGUCUCUAUCAACUGCUUUGAGGACGACACGCUGACAAAGAUCUUCAGCUCCAUCACUGAUUGGCAUUUCGGCAAAGGGUUUGAUCCCUCUUUCUGCAGGCUAGGUAGGAUGAUGAUCCAGGCCACAAUGGCAGUCUAUAAGGACACCAUCGACAGCUUCCUGCCCACCCCCUCUAAAUCCCACUACAUCUUUAACCUGCGGGACUUUGCUCGAGUCAUACGCGGUGUACUCCUGACUCCACACACACACAUGCAGAAUGGAGACAAACUGAUCCGCCUGUGGAUCCACGAGGUUUACCGUGUUUUCUGCGACAGACUCAUUGACCUCAGCGACAGAGAGAUGUUCUUUGGCAUUGUCAAAGAGAGGACCAUGAACUAUUUUGAUCAGAGUGUUGAAAAGCUCCUGAGUCAUCUCAGCAUAGAUGGCAACGUGGUGGAUGAGAGCAUCCGUAGCUUGCUCUUUGGUGACUAUGGCAAACCUGAUUCGGACAUUAAGGCCUACGAUGAAAUCACAGACUUGAAAGCUCUGCAAGAAGUGAUGGAGUUUUUUCUGGAGGAGUUCAAUAACCUCAGCAAGACGCCCAUGUCUCUUGUUAUGUUCAAGUUUGCCAUCGAGCACAUUUCCCGCAUCUGCCGCGUGCUGAAGCAAGACAACGGACACCUUCUGCUCGUUGGCAUUGGUGGCUCAGGGCGUCAGAGCGCCACCAAGCUGGGCACCUUCAUUAAUGAUUACAUCUUGUUCCAGAUAGAGCUGACCAAAAGCUACAGCCCGUCAGACUGGCGAGAUGACCUCAAAAUAAUAAUGCUUAAAGCAGGCAUCGAGGGCAAGAGCUUAGUGUUCCUGUUUAACGACAGCCAAAUUAAGGAUGAGGCCAUGUUGGAAGACAUCAACAUGCUGCUUAACACCGGUGAUGUGCCGAACAUCUUUGCUGCUGAUGAACGUGCUGAUAUCAUUGACAAAAUGCAGGGAAUCGCUCGGAUGGAAGGGAAAAAGAUCGAUGCAACUCCGCUCUCAAUGUACAACUUCUUUAUUGACCGUGUGAAGGCCAACCUUCAUAUUGUACUAGCCAUGAGCCCCAUCGGCGACGCAUUUAGAAACCGUCUUAGGAUGUUCCCCUCCCUUAUCAACUGCUGCACCAUCGACUGGUUUCACGAGUGGCCAAAUGAUGCUCUGGAGAUGGUGGCCCACAACUUCCUCCAAGAUGUGGAAAUGGAGAGUGAAAUCAAACGAGAGGUGGUGGAGAUGUGCAAGACCUUCCAGAUGAGUGUUGGGGAGAUGUCUGGAGAGUAUUUCUCCAGAUUGAGGAGACACAACUAUGUCACGCCCACCUCUUACCUUGAACUCAUCCUCACCUACAAGACUCUGCUUACAGCCAAGAGGAAUGAAGUUAACUCUGUAAGGAACCGCUACAUCGUUGGUCUCCAGAAACUGGACUUUGCUGCAUCUCAGGUUUCAGUGAUGCAGCUGGAGCUAACAGCCUUGCAGCCAGAGCUCAUCAAGACCUCAGCUGAGACAGAUAAGAUGAUGGUUAAGAUCGAGGCAGAAACAGUGGAGGUGGACGCCAAGAAAGAACUAGUGUCUGCAGAUGAGAAAGUGGCUAAUGACGCAGCAGCAGCAGCGCAAGCCAUUAAGGAUGAUUGUGAGGGAGACCUGGCAGAAGCACUGCCUGCACUGGCAAAUGCCCUGUCAGCCCUGGACACUUUAAAACCUUCCGACAUUACAGUGGUUAAGUCGAUGGCUAACCCACCAGGUCUAGUCAAACUAGUCAUGGAGUCUAUCUGUGCCAUGAAGGGCAUUAAACCUGAGAGAAAACCUGAUCCCAGUGGCUCAGGUAAGAUGGUUGAUGACUACUGGGGCCCUUCCAAGAAACUCCUGGGAGACCUGAAAUUUUUGGACAGCCUCAAAGCCUACGACAAAGACAACAUCCCUGCUGCCAACAUAAAGAAAAUCAGAGAUAAGUUUAUCAACAACGAAGACUUCCAGCCCUCUAUUAUUAAGAAUGUCUCCUCGGCUUGCGAGGGCCUCUGUAAAUGGGUGCGAGCGAUGGAAACGUAUGAGCGCAUAUCAAAAGUCGUGGCACCAAAGAAGGAGAGGUUGAAGGAAGCGGAGGAGGAGCUGGGGGUACAGAUGGCAAUGUUGUCAGUGAAGAGGGCUGAACUGAAGGAAGUAGAGGACAGACUGCAGAGCUUGAAUGAUGACUUGGCAGCCAUGAUUAAGAAGAAGCAAGAGUUGGAAGCGAACAUUGAGCUGUGUUCUGAGAAGCUGAUCAGGGCAGAGAAGCUGAUUGGAGGACUGGGAGGAGAGAAGGACAGGUGGACCGAUGCUGCAAGGCUACUAGGGAUUAGAUACACCAACCUGACAGGUGACAUACUCCUGUCUUCAGCAUCUGUAUCUUACCUUGGGGCUUUUACAGUAGACUUUCGCAUAGAGUGUCAGGAACAGUGGCUCUUCCUUUGCCAAGAGAAGAAAAUACCCUGCACGGAGGACUUCACCCUAAGCAGCACCCUGGGUAACCAGGUGGCCAUCAGGGCGUGGCAGAUCGAUGGGUUGCCAGUCGACGCCUUCUCAACAGACAAUGGUAUCAUGGUGUUUAACUCCCGUCGCUGGCCCCUAAUGAUUGACCCUCAAGGUCAGGCCAACAAGUGGAUCAAGAACAUGGAGAAGGCAAAUAAGCUUGCUGUCAUAAAAUUGACAGAUGACAACUAUGUGAAAGUUUUGGAGAGCUGCAUUCAGUUUGGUACUCCGGUUCUUCUGGAGAAUGUUGGAGAGGAACUUGAUCCUGUACUUGAGAGUCUGCUGCUGAAGCAAACCUUCAAACAGCAGGGUGUGGAGUACAUGAAAAUAGGAGAGAAUACUGUGGAAUAUUGUAAAGACUUUUCAUUCUACAUGACCACUGGAUUGAGGAACCCUCACUAUCUCCCUGAGGUGGCUGUCAAAGUUUGUCUGCUGAACUUUAUGAUCACUCCCCAGGGGUUACAGGACCAGCUUUUAGGGAUUGCAGUGGCCAAAGAGAAACCUGAGCUUGAAGAGAAGAAGAACCAGCUCAUUCUGGAGAGUGCUGCCAACAACAAGAUGCUUAAAGAAAUCGAGGAUAAGAUCCUGAAGGUGCUCUCUUCCUCUGAAGGAAACAUUCUGGAGGACGAAACAGCAAUUAAGGUCCUGUCUUCUUCCAAGAUUCUCUCAGAGGAGAUAUCUGAGAAGCAAAAAAUUUCCAGUGUCACUGAGAAAGAGAUCGAUGACACUCGAAUGGGCUACCGUCCCGUGGCUGAGCACUCGUCCAUCCUGUUUUUCUGCAUCUCAGAAUUGGCCAACAUCGAGCCUAUGUACCAGUACUCCCUGACCUGGUUCAUCAACCUCUACGUGUAUUCCAUCUCCGAGAGCGUGAAGAGUGAUGAUUUGAACGAGAGAAUCGACAACAUUGUGGCGUACUUUACCCUCUGCAUCUAUAAUAACGUGUGCCGCUCACUUUUUGAAAAGGAUAAGCUGCUCUUCUCCCUGCUGCUCACCAUAGGCAUAAUGCAGGGUAAGGGCCAGGUUGAUGACCAAGUCUGGCGCUUCCUCCUGACAGGUGGCGUUGCGUUGGACAACCCUUAUCCCAACCCUGCUACAGAGUGGCUGUCUGACAAAUCUUGGUCUGAGAUAGUCAGGGCCUCUAAACUUCCAAACCUGGAUGGUUUCUCUGAACACGUCCAAGCGAACAUCUCAAAAUGGAAGAAGAUUUAUGAUUCAGGACAGCCCCAUAAAGAGCUGUUGCCUGACCAGUGGAGUGAGUUGGUGGGGAUGGACCGAAUGGUUGUGAUCAGAUGCUACAGGCCAGAUAAGCUGGUUCCAGCAGUGCAGGAUUUUAUAGUAGACAACAUGGGACAGGCUUACAUCGAACCACCGACCUUUGACCUGGCAGGAAGCUUCAAAGACUCAAACUGCUGCUCUCCACUCAUCUUUAUUUUGUCGGCAGGAUCUGAUCCAACUGCAGGUCUGCUGAAGUUUGCUGAUGACGUAGACAUGGGGGGCGGUAAGACCGAAACCAUUUCCCUCGGGCAGGGACAGGGACCCAUAGCAGCUGUGAUGAUCCUCAAAGGCCUUAAAGAGGGGAACUGGGUGGUACUUCAGAACUGCCACCUGUGCACCAGCUGGAUGCCCGCUCUGGAGAGGAUCUGUGAGGAAACAAUCAUCCCAGAGAACACACACCCUGACUUUAGGUUGUGGUUAACCAGUUAUCCGUCCGACAAGUUUCCAGUCAGUAUCCUGCAGAAUGGACUGAAGAUGACCAAUGAGCCCCCUAAAGGAAUAAGAGCCAACUUGCUGCGCUCUUACCUGAGUCACCCCAUCUCCGACCCCGCCUUCUUUGUCAGCUCCAAGAAACAAGAAAUCUGGCAGAAGCUCCUGUUUGGUCUCACUUUCUUCCAUGCACUGGUACAGGAAAGGAGGAACUUUGGACCUCUGGGUUGGAAUAUUCCCUACGAGUUCAAUGAGUCUGACCUGAGGAUCAGCAUGAGGCAGAUCCAGAUGUUCCUGGAUGAGUAUGUUGAGGUUCCACUGGCAGCCCUCACAUAUCUUACAGGUGAAUGCAACUAUGGAGGCAGAGUGACAGAUGACAAAGACAGACGACUGCUGAUCUCGCUUCUCUCCAUCUUCUACAGUUGGGAUGUGAUAGAGCAGGAAAGCCAUCACCUGUGCGAGGGAGAUCUGUAUUACGUCCCAGCUCAUGGCCUCUAUGAGACAUACGUGAAGUAUAUUCGCAAUCUGCCGAUUGCUGCCGACCCUUGCGUGUUUGGACUUCACAGCAAUGCUGACAUCACAAAGGAUAAUCAAGAGACCAAUCAGCUUCUGGAUGGAGUUCUAUUAACUCUGCCCAGGCAGACGGGAGGCGGGGCUAAGUCUCCUCAGGAAGUCGUGGAUGACCUUGCAGAGGACAUCCUGUCGAAGCUGCCAGCUGACUUUGACGUAAAGGCGAUAAUAGAGAAAUACCCUGUCACGUAUAAUGAGUCUAUGAAUACUGUUUUGAGGCAGGAAGUGAUCCGCUUCAACAGACUCACAUAUGUGGUGCGGGUCAGCCUGGUGAACAUCCAGAAAGCUUUGAAGGGCCAGAUUGUUAUGUCUUCAGAGCUCGAGAGCAUCUUUAACAGCAUGCUGGUGGGCAAGGUGCCCGUCCCAUGGGCAGCCAAGUCGUAUCCCUCUCUCAAGCCACUUGGGAGCUACGUGUGUGAUCUAUUAGCCCGGCUGCAGUUCCUACAAGACUGGAUAGAUAAAGGCCCGCCUACAGUCUUCUGGCUUUCUGGUUUUUACUUCACGCAGUCAUUUCUAACGGGAGUUUCUCAGAAUUAUGCCAGGAAGUACACCAUCCCCAUAGACUUCAUUGGCUUUGAAUUUGAGGUAACCAAAGCCGAGACCCAUAUGGACGAGAAGCCAGAGGAUGGAGCCUACGUGAAGGGCCUUUUCAUGGAGGGUGCACGCUGGGACAGGGAGAACAUGGUCAUUGGAGAGUCCCUCCCCAAGAUCCUCUUUGACUCUAUACCCAUCAUCAAGCUCCGACCCGGUGUGAUGUCUGAGUUCAACCAUGAGAACCUCUACGUUUCUCCCGUGUACAAAACCAGCGCUCGUAGAGGGACCCUGUCCACCACAGGCCACUCCACCAACUACGUCAUGUCCAUCGAGCUGCCCUCUGACAAGCCAGAGAAACACUGGAUCAACCGCGGGGUGGCAUGCCUCUGCCAGCUGGAUGACUGA